CAAGUCACCGUGGUGUGCCCCAUUGAUGUGCGUAUGCCUGCUGGGCGGGAGCGGCGCUUGAUCGACAUCUCGAAAGCGGCAACACCACCACCUUUGCUGAGCCGUAUGUGUAGUUUUGUUUAAAAUCAUUGAAUCGAUUCGACACUUUUUCUUUGGUCAUCUCCGGUGGAAAUAGUUACUUGUUUUAUUUGGAACCGAGUCCUACAGCGCGCUCGAGCCAAUCGGGUGCAUGCUGCUAAAAAUAACGCGUAAUCGCGUGCCUGCGAGACACUUCGUGACGAACACCGAUUUGACCGUUGCCGCGGUAGAGUGUCGCCAUGGGCUGUUCAGGCGCAUCAGACGUGGCGUGCGGGCCUUUGCGGACGGGAAGGCCACUGCGGAGGUGGCGGCGAUGGGCUGCGCAGCGCUGGCGGUGCCGUGUGGCGCUCGUCGCCGGCGGACCGGCCCCGCGGUCGACGUCGCCGUCGGCAGCGAAGUAAGAGCGGCUGUCGCGUUGCCUUCCGAGAAGAGGCUCAUCCUUGUCUUUGGAGGCCCCGGCUCCCGCAAAGGCCAAAUAGUGAACGACUUGGCGAACUGCUUCGGCUUCGAGAUGGUCAGUGCCGAGAGGCUGGUUCUGGCAUACUUUGCCCGCCACCUGCACUUGGACGAGGAGACAUCGGGGCCCGUAGAAUCGACUCAGCACGUCGAGGAAAUGCUAAAGGGUGACCCGAAUCUUGUGAGCUUGUGGCUUCUACUGGAACUGCUGGGCCAGGAAUUAGAUUCGCGCUGGCAACCAGGCACUGUGUUCCUGGCCGAUCCGGUGCCAAACCUUCGAUACAUGCUGCCCAGCAAAAGCCAAUUGCGACGCUGCCAACGUGACAUCCAGCUCUUCGAGAAACAGUGGCCGUGCCUGUUCGCUCUGAGUCUGUGUGUUCCGGAGACCCGGCUGCGCCCACCUGCCUCUCAUUCCCGUGCGCCCAAGCUAGGUGACGAGAAGGACGUCGCAAGGACAAAGAAGCGGUACCAGGAGUACACGGAGAGUGUGCACGACCUGCUGCAAUACUUCAGGGAUGCCAACCGUCUCGUCACAGCGGACGUGCCUCACGACGCGAGCCUUGUUUCGGAGCGACUAGUCGAGUUCCUGGCUUCGCUCGGAUUCGUACCUCGCUGCACUCUUGACCCUAACCUCGUCUUCUUACCCGUGGCAAAGAGAAAACGGCGGCACAGUCGCUCGAGUGUCAUCCUUUAUGGCAGCCCUAAGCAAGGUGCCGCAUCACCGGUGGGUUCCCCAGUCGACCGGGCUGAACCUCAAGGCUGCAAGUGCCUCGACGUCAUUCACGCCGCCAGCAAGGAAGGGCAGCAGGGACUUCUGGGAAGACCGAUGCGGCUGGCGAACGAGCCAAACCGGCGUUUCUUCACGGUGUGCUGGAAUCGGGAGAAGCCGGCCGACGACGGCGGGAGAAAAGAGCGUCAGGUGCUGUUCAGCGGAUUUGAGAAACUGGGCGGAGACACGGCAGCGCGUGCCGUGGCCACAGCGCUGGGCGAGACUUACCUGUUUCCCGAGGACACGGAAUUGAAUGCCUGCCGUCAGGUGGCGCUUCUGUGCUCAAAACACCUGCGCUGGCAGUGCAUCGCCGGUGAUCACCAGAACGGAGCAGGCGUCAAUCAGUCCUGAAUCUGUGCCUUUUCGUUAACACAUGAAAGGACUGCUGUUCUGAUAUGCCGCUGCUGGCGAAGCUCUGACGGAGGUCAUGCUACAUUUUUUAGGUGGACAAAGAAGGCAAUGAAGUGGUUUUGGUAGAAUAAAAUAAGUUUGCA